AUGAUCAAAAAUAAAAUUGAUACUUCUGAUUUCGAUUAUAAUGCUAUCUUCUUAACUUAUCUCGUAGGCAUACGUGAAACUGCUAAAGAGAUUAAUAAAUUAAUUUGUAAUAACCUUCCGACCAACGAAUAUGGAAUAGACUCAAUAACCUUAAAAGCCAUUGACACUCUCAAUUACA